CGUAUGUGUACAGGUUCCGACUUUAAGCUGCUUGAUCUUGGCUGUGGAUACGGAAGGUACACACUUAUAAUCGCCAAGCGUUAUCCUUAUAGCACCGUGUAUGGUAUCGACCCGGUCAGGAAAUCCAUCGACGAAGCCAACGCGCAGCUGCAAAAGGAAGCGCUGAUCAAUGUCAACUUCCUGUGUGUGCCGGGAGAACAGCUUCCCCAAGACUGGACGGAAAAUUUCGAUUUUGUAAUUUUAAACGAUGUCCUACAUGACGCAUAUGCGGUAGACGGAAUUUUGACGGAAGUCCGCCGUGUUUUGAAAUCAAACGGAUUCGGAGCGGCCUACGAUCCGCCAGUUUCAUCGUACUCCGCCAAGCUGACCGAUACCGACAUUGCCCAGCUGUACCUGCCCCUGAGCUUGUUUUCCUGUCUUCCCAUGAGCCUCUCUGGUCCUUACGGCGAGGGAUACGGCGUGGGCUGGGGCUACGAAAAGCGGAGGGAGAAGAUCGAAAAACAUGGCUUCCGUCUGGUCAAAGUCGGAGACAUGGAUAUUGACGUGGUCCAAGAAAGAAUUGUCUUCCAAAAAUGAUUCAUGCUGGCUUAUGUUUAAGUAAUAAAACUUAAUUUUUCACUGCGUGUGAAUGCAAUAAAAAAUAGAGUUAUA